AAUUUUAUAUUUCACUCAAUAGGUUCGAUCACUCUUGCAUGUACAGGUUCUAUAUGUACACAUCUUCAGACACCUCUAUAAACAAGCCAUGACAAUAUAGCUCUUUCCAUUGUUGAGAGAGAGAGAGAGAGAGAGAGAGAAUGGCUGACGCGGCGGUGCAAUUCCUUCUGGACAACCUCCAGCAGCUACUGAUCUACCACACCCAUUUGAUCGCCGACGCCAAAAACCAGGUGGAGAAGCUGGAAAGUGAUCUCCGCCUCAUCAACGCUUUCCUCAAGGCCUCCACCAAGAAGCGGCGGAAGGACGUAAUACUGCGACAGCUCGUCCGUGAGAUACGCGACGUGGUUUACGAGGCGGAGGACAUCAUCGACGCCUUCGUCACCCAGGCCGCCGAGAGCCAGGCCAAGAAUUACUUCCUCAGAGCUUUCCAGACGCGGGUGAAGCUCGACAGCAUCACCACACAAGUCGAGAAGGUUUGCGCCACGGUUAAAGAGAUAUAUGGCGACGAAUCCAGGAUUGACUUCGCCGCCCUCAAUGUCGGAGAUGGAGGGGCUGAAAAAUCUGAGGCUCCCGUGGUAAGACAAGAGAACGUGGUGGGUUUUGAAGACGAAGCAGAAAAAUUAAUAGGUUAUCUGACUGAAGAAACUCAGCAGCUUGAUGUCAUAUCCAUUAUCGGUAUGCCCGGUCUUGGCAAGACAACAUUGGCGGGGAAAAUAUUUCGUGAUCCAGCAAUCCAGUAUGAAUUUCCCACUCGCAUAUGGGUUUACGUCUCUCAAGAAUUCACAAGAAAAGAUAUAUUUCUUGCAAUUCUAAGAGAGUUCACUAGGCCCGAUGAGGAGAUGUAUCAGAAAAAUGAUCAGGAGUUAGCCCGACUGGUUGCGUCUUAUCUAGAGAGGGGUAAAUUCUUGAUUGUCAUGGAUGAUGUGUGGACAGCUGAGGAUUGGGAUAAACUCCAAAUUGCUUUGCCCAAGAGCAAUAAGAUGGGUAAAGUCUUGAUUACCAGCCGUCAUGUUGAAGUUGGUCAGCAUGCUAAUAUUAAUAGGCAUCCCCACAAGUUGCGUUUCUUGACUGAGGAGGAGAGUUGGUUGCUGCUCCGGUUGGAGGUCUUUGGUGAGCCUGAGUGCCCUCCUGAGUUGGAAGGUCUGGGAAAACUAAUUACAGAACAGUGUGACCGAUUGCCACUCGCAAUUGUGGCAAUUGGAGGCAUUCUUUGCGAAAAAUAUUCAGCAUUAGAUGAUAUGACUGCUAAACAAAAUGCAUGGACAAAAGUAUCUACAAGUGUGAGUACAUAUCUUAAUGAGGACCCUGCGAGACGCAUGGAAAAUAUUAUAGCAUUGAGUUAUGAUAAAUUGCCUUAUCACCUAAGAGCAUGCUUUCUCUAUUUGGGGAUGUUCCCAGAAGACUAUGAGAUCCCGGUUUGGAAAUUAAUUCGCAUGUGGAUUGCCGAGGGAUUCAUACAAGAAAAGUCUGGUAUCAGCUUGGAAGAAACGGCAGAAAACUAUUUAGAGGAUCUUAUCAAUAGAAAUUUGGUAAGAGUUGAUAAGAGGAGACCUGAUGGUAGAGUUAAAACAUGCCGCAUUCAUGACAUGCUUCGCGACUUUUGCAGAAAUGAAGCUGGAAGCGAAAGGGAAAAUUUUCUCCAAGAAAUUAAAAGGUCUAGCAAUGGAUUUGAACCUUCGAUCAGUCAAGUACAAAAGUUUCGUCGUCUUUGUAUUCAUUCCAACAUCCUACAUUUUUUCUCUUCGAAACCUUAUGGUCCUCGUGCCCGGUCCUUUGUUUGUUUCUCCAAGGAAGAAGUUGGCUUGCCAUCGGAAUACACUUCAGCCAUCCCCACAGCUUUCAAAUUGCUUAGAGUUCUAGAAGUCCAGCCCAUCAAAUUUACAAAAAUUCCUAGUGACAUAUACCAGCUGAUUCAUUUGAGGUAUCUCACCAUAUCCUUCAGUUUAGCAGUUCUUCCUCCAGCCUUCUCCAAGCUUUGGAACAUGCAAACUCUUGUGGUUGAGACCACAUCUCGUACCUUGGAAAUCAAAGCUGAUAUUUGGAAGAUGAUUCAAUUAAGGCAUUUAAAAACAAAUGCCAGCACUACUUUGCCGAAGGUGAAAAGUAGUAAAGAAGGUGAAAAGCUUCGCACACUUGGUACAAUUGCACCACAAAGUUGCACAGAUGAAGUGUUUGAAAGAGCUCGCAAUUUGAAGAAAUUGGGCAUUCGUGGGCGACUAGCCUUGCUUAUAGACGGCAAGAGUGGAUCAUUUGAUAGUCUGGGGAAAUUGGAAAAUCUUGAAAAGUUAAAGCUACUCAAUGAUGUAUUUCCUAGUCCACCUUCGGAAGGCCAAUUGCGUGGUCUUCCUCCACCCUACAAAUUCCCAAAGAAACUCAAGAGCCUGACAUUAGCUGAUACUUUUCUUGAUUGGAGUAAUAUGUCAAUUCUAGGACUGCUGGAGAAUUUGGAGGUGCUCAAGCUGAAAGAUAAAUCAUUCAUGGGGAAGUGCUGGGAGGCAGCGGAUGGAGGUUUUCGCCGCCUUGAAGUCUUGCACAUCGGAAGAACUGAUUUAGUUUUCUGGAUAGCUUCAGCUCAUCAUUUCCCUCGACUUAGACGCCUUGAGCUGCAGAACUGUGAGGAACUUAAAGAAGUUCCAAUUGGGUUGGCAGAUAUCGAAAACUUCCAAAUUUUGGACUUGUACCGCACAAAAUUUGCAUCUGCCUCUGCCAAGAAAAUCGGAGAGGCAAAAAAGAAGCAAGGGCAAACCGGCAAGGCCGGUGGAUUCAAGCUCUCCAUUUUUCCCAUUGACGAAUGAUACUCACCCUCAGUUCUAUCUCCACAGGCGCAUCACAGAAAGGUUCCAAAAAGAUUACUGAGGAUGUCUGAUGCAUGAAGAUCUUCUUGCUUGAAUAAAUGCUGGGCGCAGUUCAUUCUGUUCCUUCCGUAGAACUCCCUAAAUAUUGCACUUUAAUCUUUUGAAUGAAUAAUUACUCGUGUGUUUCCCGCGACUUGUUUGUUACCUGAUUAAACUUGUAUGUUUUGAGACUAUGAAAUAAGCUGUUGUAUUUUGACUAUAUACUCAUUUCAAAUUUAAUAACAUUCAGUGACUACUGUUGAUUGGAAUAAUCAACA